AGAACUUUGACUCUGUCUUCAGCCAGGUGCCCUGCUCUGUCCAGCACCAUGCCUUACAGCUGCUGCCUGCCCAACCUGAGCUGCCGCUCCAGCUGCUCCUCCCGGCCCUGUGUGCCCCCCAGCUGUCACGGCUGCACCCUGCCCGGGGCCUGCAACAUCCCCGCCAAUGUGAGCAGCUGCAACUGGUUCUGCGAGGGCUCCUUCAAUGGCAACGAGAAGGAGACCAUGCAGUUCCUGAAUGACCGCCUGGCCAGCUACCUGGAGAAGGUGCGGCAGCUGGAGCGGGACAACGCGGAGCUGGAGAGCCGCAUCCGGGAGCAGUCCCAGCAGCAGGAGCCCCUGGUGUGUCCCAACUACCAGUCGUACUUCCGGACCAUCGAGGAGCUCCAGCAGAAGAUCCUGUGUGGCAAGUCUGAGAACGCCAGGCUGGUGGUGCAGAUUGACAAUGCCAAGCUGGCCUCUGAUGACUUCAGGACCAAAUACGAGACGGAGGUGUCCUUGCGGCAGCUGGUGGAGGCGGACCUGAACGGCCUGCGCAGGAUCCUGGACGAGCUGACCCUGUGCAAGUCCGACCUGGAGGCCCAGGUGGAGUCCCUUAAGGAGGAGCUGCUCUGCCUCAAGCAGAACCACGAGCAGGAAGUCAACACCCUGCGUUGCCAACUUGGAGACCGCCUCAAUGUGGAGGUGGACGCUGCUCCCACCGUGGACCUGAACCGCGUGCUCAAUGAGACCAGGAGUCAGUACGAGGCCCUGGUGGAGACCAACCGCAGGGACGUGGAGGAAUGGUUCGCCAGGCAGACCGAGGAGCUGAACAAGCAGGUGGUGUCCAGCUCGGAGCAGCUGCAGUCCAACCAGGCGGAGAUCAUCGAGCUGAGACGCACGGUCAAUGCCCUGGAGGUGGAGCUGCAGGCCCAGCACAACCUGAGAGACUCCCUGGAAAACACCCUGACGGAGACGGAGGCCCGCUAUGGCUCCCAGCUGUCCCAGGUGCAGGGCCUGAUCACCAACGUGGAGCACCAGCUGGCGGAGAUCAGGAGUGACCUGGAGCGGCAGAACCAGGAGUACCAGGUACUGCUGGACGUCCGGGCUCGGCUGGAAUGUGAGAUCAACACGUACCGGGGGCUGCUGGAGAGCGAGGACUGCAAGCUCCCCUGCAACCCAUGUGCCACAAGCAAUGCAUGUGAGAACACCAUCGGGUCCUGCGUCUCGAAUCCUUGUGUUUCCCGCACUCGGUGUGGGCCUUGCAACACUUUUAUGCGCUAGAGGCCCCAGUGCCAGAAGGAAGACAAGGGCUUCAAAGUCAUAUCUCAGUUCUACUUCAUCCAAACAUCCCCAGCAGGGACCACACUUCUACUGGCACCAGCUUCCAAGUGUCACCUCUAGGCUUCCACUGAAUUUCCCAUCUUGAUCCUUUAACAGAAGAAGCUGCCAAGUACACCUACUGGCUUGGUUUGUCUUCUGAGUCACAUAAGGAAUCUACAACAGGAUCAAGUAAUUACCUAUAAUCACAACAACAUAUUUACAUAACGUGUUAUGCUUUAACAAAUACUUAUCUAAAUGUGGUUUUAAAAUAAUUGUAUUAAGUGCAAUAGAACUGAUUGGGCAAGCUGUGAAACUGAACAUAAUUGGAAGAUAUCUUUCUUGUCACUCCUUUGGUCUCUGGAGAUGCAAUAAAGAUCCCUUGUUAACCUCUUAAUAAACUUUUAUUCUGGCACAAAAA